CUCCAAAAUACAUCCCACGAUAAGAUAAGACCGAGAUAUAAUAACCACGUGCUCUCUAUUGAAAUCCCAAGCGCGUGGGUCAGAGUCUAUCGUAACCAAACCUCACACUUUGGUCAACGGCUCGAUUUAGAGAGAGAACAAGACUUAUUCAAGCUUUGAAGUUCGAACAUUAUGUCGAUGUUAAUGGCUGUGAAAACCACUUCGCUCUGUUGCAGCAGCUUAAACCUGACGGCUUCACCAACAUUCCGACGGAACCCACGAGCGGCGAGAUUGGUGAAUCCGACGGCGAGAAUCCAAACACGUAUUCAUCGUCUGAUCGAAGAACAAGGCAUUGUUCUUAUGCCUGGAUGCUACGAUGCCUUAUCGGCGGCUAUUGUGCAGCAAACCGGAUUUUCCGCUGGUUUUAUAUCCGGUUACGCCUUAUCCGCUUCUCUUCUGGGAAAACCCGAUUUCGGUUUGCUAACACCACCGGAGAUGGCUGCGACGGCAAGGUCGGUGUGUGCGUCAGCUCCAAAUAUACCAAUCAUUGCAGAUGCUGAUACCGGUGGUGGAAAUGCGCUUAACGUUCAAAGAACCAUAAAGGAUUUGAUUGCAGCAGGUGCUGCUGGUUGCUUCCUUGAGGACCAAGCAUGGCCAAAGAAGUGUGGUCAUAUGCGUGGUAAACAGGUGAUACCAGCAGAAGAACAUGCUGCAAAAAUAGCAUCAGCCAGAGACGCUAUCGGAGACUCUGACUUCUUUCUUGUUGCAAGAACAGAUGUGCGUGCUACUUCUGCAAAAUCAGGGCUUGAAGACGCUAUUGCACGGGUUAAUCUCUACAUGGAGGCGGGAGCUGAUGCUUCCUUUGUAGAGGCACCGAGAGACGACGAUGAGCUCAAGGAAAUCGGAAAACGCACAAAAGGUUAUAGAGUUUGCAACAUGAUUGAAGGAGGAGUCACACCAUUGCACACGCCUGAUGAGCUUAAAGAAAUGGGGUUUCACUUGAUCGUUCACCCGCUUACCGCACUUUAUGCAUCGGCGCGAGCUCUGGUCGAUGUUCUCAAGACUCUUAAAGAAAACGGAAGCACUCGAGAUCACUUGCAAAAGAUGGCUACUUUUGAGGAAUUCAAUAGUUUGGUUGAUUUAGAUUCAUGGUUUGAGCUCGAAGCUCGCUAUUCAAACCUCAGGAAUGCUCUUGGGACAACAAAAUCAUGAAGAUGCACACAACUUUUAUCUUUUUCUUUUUGAACUCUCUUUUGUUUGCUAUUUUUACAGACGAAUUUGAGCAAUGGCCUCUUCAAUAAAUUGUAAAGCGUAGU